CCUCUUGGGCAGAGUUUGCUCAGGCUCGAGGCUUCUGGAGUGAGCCCCGCAGCGACCCCGCAGUCUCAGCCCCGGCUGAUGGGUAACCCCGGGACACGGGAGGAGCCGAGCGCCUGGGGAGCGCCCGGCGGCCGGGCCCGAGCGACGGCUCGGACAUCCGCUACUACGGGCUGCCGGGCUGGGUUCGAUCUCGCGGGAGGCCAGGCACAUCUGUGAGAGUCGGCAGCGACUGGUCAGGUCUGGGUCCAACAUGGCGGCCAACGCGACUACAAACCCGUCUCAGCUGCUGCCGCUCGAACUUGUGGACAAAUGCAUAGGUUCACGGAUCCAUAUUGUGAUGAAGAGUGAUAAAGAAAUUGUUGGAACGCUUCUGGGAUUUGAUGAUUUUGUCAACAUGGUGUUAGAAGAUGUUACAGAAUUUGAGAUUACACCUGAGGGCAGAAGGAUCACAAAGCUUGACCAGAUUUUGCUGAAUGGAAACAACAUAACAAUGCUGGUUCCUGGAGGAGAAGGACCCGAAGUAUAAAUUGGUACAGUUGUCGUCUAUGAAGACAUGUCGUGUGUCAUCUAAAUAGAGCUUUUGGGGUAGGGAUGUGGGUGGGUUUUGGUGUGCAGGUGCAGGUUUUUGGUUUUGUUUCCACACUCUUCUCAUUGAUGUUUGAUAAAAGACAAGGGUUUUCCCUUUGGGAGAGGUGCAUUGUCAAUGAUGCUGACUUUGUAAGCUGAAAUCAUGAGUUUGUUGUAGAGAGGCACCAAUCUGUUGUGAAUAAAGACAUUCUUUCUGUUA